AAUUUCAAUUGCCCGUAGACAUCUCCGCACUCCGACAUACACAAAAAGAGGAAUCACAUGAAAUGGCCACAAAACAAGCUGCGUUUUUUCAUGUAGAUGAAGACUAUAUCGAUAUGGAGAUAAGUUCUUCUUCCUCAGACUUAUUCUCUCACUCCUUUAGCUCUCCACAAAAAAGCAGAGAGUUUGAAUUCCAGAUGGCAUCAAUUUCCAACCAGAAAGAGUCCAUAACUUCCCCAGCUGAUGAACUCUUCUACAAAGGAAAACUCCUCCCUCUUCAUCUUCCACCUCGCCUGCAAAUGGUUCGGAAGCUUCUCGAGACUUCCAAUGACACUUUCCAGUAUAUGAAAACGGAAUCAGCAUUGAAAGAUACAAUCUUUCCCUUCACCACUGAAUCUGACCUUAGAUUACCUUACAAUGCCAGCACUCCCUUGGAAUCCUGCAAUAUUUCCCCUUCAGAAUCAUGCCGGGCUAGUAGUGAUGUGAACCCAGAUGAAUACCUGUAUAACUGGUCCACUGAAAUCAAUGGGUUUGUGGGCGUUGAUAUUCCAAAGAAAUCUUGGUCUAAGAAGCUGAAACAGAUGAAGCAGUUCUGGCUGGGUCAAAGGUUCAAGGCUUCACGAGCGUAUCUGAAGUCCUUGUUCAACAAAUCCGCUUGUUCAGACAAGUCAUGUGCUAAUGCAGCAAAUAAUGCGGGAGGAGCAGCAAGGAAAUCAAAAUGCCAAGACUGUCAGAAUAAUUACAACGUUACUGCUAUGAAAAACUCAUUCGAAAUUAUUGAUGAUAGCAGGCACCAGAUUUCCUGUGCGGCCAUGAAGACCAUAAACAGAAAGAUGCUUGAAGAUCGUCCCAUGAAUAACCAUAGGAGGUCCUUCUCAGGGGCGAUUCAACGGCAUUCUGCAGUCAAGGCUUCUUCUUCGUCCACAUCUUCAUCUGGGUCUUCUUCUACAUCUUCGUCUUUUUCAUUCAGCUCAAGUGGGUUCUAUGAUUUACAGUUGUUCAAGCGGAGCAGCAGUGCAAAUUCAGAGCUCGAAGGUUCAAUUGAGGGAGCCAUAGCCCACUGUAAACAGUCUCAACAGCACUGUAGUUCAGGGAAAACUUUAGGUAAUGCCAGGAAAAUCACAGUUUGUGAAACGAAAGCACAUGACAGCACUAGAGACCACAGAGAGAACUGGAGAGAGGAGAGGACUCUGUCAGAGAUGUAAGAGAGGCAUUGUCAAAUUGAGAAUGCUGCUGCAUUUUGAUGAAGUUUGAUGUUUCAAAUAACAAAGUGGGUUUUUUCCAGCUAUAAAUUUCUGAAAUUCAUAGUUUUGCACUCUUUGCACAUACAACUUUCAGAGAGUGAAAUUGA